CAAAUAAUAAUAAUUAUUAUUAUAAUUUUAAGUUUAAUUUACGAAUGUGUUACAACUACAACAAAAAAAUUCCAAGUAUUUUUUAUGUUUUAUUCUACAAAAGCAAUAAAUUGUUUAAAUAAUUUAUGCAAAUGUUACUAAUACCACAGAAAUCAAGACCCCAAGGGGCAAAACAUCAUCAACAUUCGCUGCUGUUGCUGCUGUCCCCUAAGUUGUGGAUUAGUUUAGUUGUAAUUUUAUUAAUCUGUUUGGAUGUCAAUUGUUAUGAAAAAAUUUAUAGUCAAAUUGAAAAGCAAAGAUACGAUGGCUGGUAUAAUAAUUUAGCACAUCCCGAUUGGGGUUCUGUAGAUAGUCACUUGGUGCGCAAAGCACCGCCUUCAUAUUCAGAUGGCGUUUACGCUAUGGCCGGUUCAAAUCGACCCUCGACCAGACGAUUGAGUCGUUUGUUUAUGGGUGGUCGUGAUGGUCUUGGCUCAAAAUUCAAUCGUACUGCCCUAUUGGCCUUUUUCGGUCAAGUUGUAGCCAAUGAGAUUGUUAUGGCAUCCGAAUCGGGUUGCCCCAUAGAAAUGCAUCGCAUUGAAAUCGAUAAAUGUGAUGAAAUGUAUGAUAAAGAAUGUCGUGGUGAUAAAUAUAUUCCGUUUCAUCGUGCGGCCUACGAUCGCAACACAGGCCAGAGUCCCAAUGCUCCCAGAGAACAAAUAAAUCAAAUGACUGCCUGGAUAGAUGGUAGUUUUAUAUAUAGUACAUCGGAGGCCUGGUUAAAUGCCAUGCGUUCGUUUCACAAUGGCACUUUGCUAACCGAUAAAAGUGGCAAAAUGCCAGUUAAGAAUACCAUGAGAGUACCGCUAUUUAAUAAUCCAGUGCCGAAUGUCAUGAAGAUGUUAAGUCCUGAAAGAUUAUUUUUAUUAGGAGAUCCCAGAACUAACCAAAAUCCGGCUAUGCUUUCCUUUGCUAUACUCUUUUUACGCUGGCACAAUACCCUGGCGCAGCGCAUAAAGCGUGCUCAUGCCGAUUGGACCGAUGAGGAUAUUUUCCAACGUGCACGUCGCAUGGUCAUUGCCACUUUACAGAAUGUUAUUAUGUAUGAAUAUUUGCCAGCAUUUUUGGGUUCUGAAAUUCCUCCCUAUGAGGGUUAUAAUCGCGAUAUACAUCCCGGCAUAGGUCAUAUAUUUCAAGCUGCUGCCUUCCGUUUUGGUCAUACCAUGAUACCGCCGGGUAUUUAUAGACGUGAUGCUAGUUGUAAUUACAAGAAAACACCCAUGGGUUAUCCGGCUAUACGUUUGUGUUCAACUUGGUGGGAUUCGAGUGACUUUCUCACCGAUACCACCAUCGAAGAGAUUCUAAUGGGCCUUUCUUCACAAAUAUCCGAACGUGAAGAUCCUGUACUCUGUUCUGAUGUACGUGAUAAACUGUUUGGACCUAUGGAAUUUACACGACGCGAUUUGGGAGCCUUAAAUAUUAUGCGUGGUCGUGAUAAUGGUCUACCAGAUUAUAAUAGUGCUCGAGAAGCUUUCGGCCUGCAAAGACGCAACAAUUGGACUGAUAUAAAUCCUGAACUUUUUGCUAAACAACCCGAUCUUUUGAAUAUGUUGAUCUCAGCCUACGAUAACCAAUUGGAUGAUGUAGACGUAUAUGUGGGUGGCAUGUUAGAAUCCUAUGGACAGCCUGGUGAAUUAUUUAGUGCCGUUAUUAAGGAACAAUUUCAACGUUUAAGAGAUGCCGAUCGUUUUUGGUUCGAAAAUGAUCGUAAUGGUAUUUUUACGAAAGAGGAAAUUGAAGAGAUCCGUAAAAUACGAAUGUAUGAUAUUAUUGUUAAUAGUACCGAUAUAAAUGAGAAUGAUAUACAGGAGGAUGUGUUCAUGUGGCAUGAGGGUGAUCCUUGUCCUCAGCCUAUGCAGUUAAAUGCUACCGAAUUAGAACCUUGCACCUAUCUAGAGGGUUAUGAUUACUUUUCGGGUUCGGAGUUGAUGUUUAUCUAUGUUUGUGUCUUCUUGGGCUUUGUGCCCAUUCUAUGUGCUGGAGCCGGUUAUUGUGUGGUCAAACUACAAAAUAGUAAGAGAAGGAAAUUGAAAAUACGCCAGGAAGCUUUGAGAGCACCUCAACACAAAGGUUCAGUAGAUAAAAUGUUGGCCCGAGAAUGGUUGCAUGCCAAUCAUAAGCGUUUGGUUACGGUCAAAUUUGGACCAGAGGCUGCCAUCUAUACUGUAGAUCGUAAGGGUGAAAAGCUACGCACUUUCAGUUUGAAAACUGUAGAUGUGGUAACUGUUGAAGAAUCGGCGCAUAAUCACAUUAAAAAGAAGCCUUAUAUUCUCUUAAGAGUACCUAAUGAUCAUGAUUUGGUCUUGGAGCUAGAAUCUUAUGGGGCACGCCGAAAGUUUGUUAAAAAACUAGAAGACUUUUUAAUUUUACAUAAAAAAGAAAUGACUUUGGUAGAAGUAAAUCGUGAUAUGAUGUUGGCCGGAGCUGAAACUCGUGAAAGAAGACAAAAACGUUUGGAAUAUUUCUUCCGUGAGGCAUAUGCCUUAACAUUUGGCCUAAGACCGGGAGAAAGACGUCGCAGAUCUGAUGCCUCUACCGAUGGCGAAGUAAUGACAGUCAUGCGUACUUCCCUUUCGAAAGCUGAAUUUGCGGCUGCUCUGGGCAUGAAACCCAACGACAUGUUUGUUCGCAAAAUGUUUAAUAUCGUAGAUAAAGAUCAAGAUGGUCGCAUUAGCUUCCAGGAAUUUUUAGAAACAGUUGUUCUCUUUUCACGUGGCAAAACCGAUGAUAAACUUCGUAUCAUUUUCGAUAUGUGCGACAAUGAUCGCAAUGGUGUCAUUGACAAGGGCGAACUAAGUGAAAUGAUGCGUUCUUUGGUGGAAAUUGCUCGUACCACUAGUUUGGGUGAUGAUCAGGUAACCGAAUUAAUUGAUGGCAUGUUCCAGGAUGUGGGUUUGGAACACAAAAAUCAUCUCACCUAUCAAGAUUUCAAACUUAUGAUGAAAGAAUAUAAGGGUGAUUUUGUGGCCAUUGGUUUAGAUUGUAAAGGAGCUAAACAAAAUUUCCUAGACACUUCAACAAAUGUGGCACGCAUGACUUCAUUCAAUAUUGAGCCAAUGCAAGAGAGACCCCGCCAUUGGAUGCAAGAGAAAUGGGAUAGUUAUAUAACAUUUUUAGAGGAGAAUCGUCAGAAUAUCUUCUAUCUGUUCUUGUUUUAUGUCAUAACGAUUGUUUUGUUUGUCGAACGUUUUAUACAUUACUCCUUUAUGGCUGAACAUACGGACUUGAGACAUAUUAUGGGUGUUGGUAUUGCCAUCACUAGAGGAUCUGCGGCUUCACUAUCAUUCUGCUAUUCACUGCUAUUACUUACUAUGUCAAGAAAUCUUAUAACAAAACUUAAAGAAUUUCCCAUACAACAAUAUAUACCGCUGGAUUCUCAUAUACAAUUUCAUAAAAUUGCUGCCUGUACUGCUCUAUUCUUUUCGGUGCUACAUACAGUGGGUCAUAUAGUGAAUUUCUAUCAUGUAUCCACACAAUCACAUGAAAAUCUUCGAUGUUUAACAAGAGAAGUACACUUUGCCUCCGAUUAUAAGCCUGAUAUAACAUUUUGGUUAUUCCAAACAGUAACAGUCUUCCAGUAUAUUUGCGAAAAUCACUUCCAACGUCUAUCGAAAACUUCGAUAUUUACUGGUCUCAAGGCUGUUAAUCAUUUUGGAAGACCAGAUAUGUCUAGUUUCUUAAAAUUUGUACAAAAGAAACAUUCUUAUGUCUCAAAAAUUGGUGUAUUUUCUUGUGGUCCACGACCCUUAACAAAGAGUGUUAUGUCUGCCUGUGACGAGGUCAAUAAGACUAGAAAACUACCAUACUUUAUACAUCACUUUGAAAAUUUCGGUUAAUUUUUUUUUUUUUUUGUAUAUUUAACCAAAAU